AUUGUUCAUUGAAACGAUCUCAAGUAUCCGUGGGGUGUUUAAGUUCUCAUUUAAUGCACUGACUGUUAACAUGUCUCAGAUAUCAGUUCGUGUGCAAACUUAUCUGGUUUUGGGUGUUAUAAUAGCAUGCUUCUCAAUACUUUAUCCCAAAAUCUUUCAUCCGAUGCUUCUUCAUCUACUGGGUUUUACAAAAAAUAGACACACAGAAGAGCAUACCAAAUUUGAAAACUUCCGGUUAAAUGGUCAUCACACACAAAAACCUAUCAGAGCUUCAGAAGGGAUUGUUCAACAGGAUCAAGGGAAAAGAGGUGGAAUUAUGUCAAUCGUUUUACCUGUCUACGCUGUUGGUAUAGUGUUAUAUUUGUUUUACACACUUUCAAAAAUAUUUUCUUCAAAACACCGAAAAAAUACUGAUAAAAAAGAAGAGUUUCUACGACAAUAUUAUCGUGAUUUCCAUUAUGAUGUUGAUCGGGGUAAAUUUCGCAUGGGUCAUGACUCGUCCGAUGAUGACGAUGACACCGCUGAAACAGACACAUUUGGAAAUUCUUCGAAUUUAGAUUUCCUUAGGCCUAGAAAAUCAUCUGGAGAUUCAAGUCGAAAACCAUUUGAAUGGGGUUCAGUUUUCAAGGGUUCUUACCCAGAUAUUUAUCGCUCGGCUAAAAGUUUACCCAAAGAUUUGGGAAAAUUGCUUAUGAGAAUGGAACGACAAGAUUUAGAUGCGGAAGAGUUGUCGCGUCUUCGUGUUAGACUCGAGCAAACUGAACAUGAAAUGACACGCAUACUACAAGCAAUGCAAUCUGCAGAAGAUGCACUACGUGGUUCAAUUGAAGAACAAGAGAUAGAUGAAGGAAUUUUUACUACCACGCCUCACAGGGAACAGUCUGGAGUAAAUUUAAGUGAAGAUGAAUAUAUAGAAAAUGAAGUGUUAGACAGAGAAAUCACUGAGGGAAAUGAAUCAGUACACGAUUUUAAUAUCUCCCAGUCAAAGGAAAAUUUAGAAAUACCCUAUGAAGACGUGACGACAUUUGACGACCAUGACAAAGAUGUAACUGAAUCAUGUAUUCGCCGUCGUUUGGUUACAUCUACCUGAUUUCAGUCUCCAGCUGUCAGCAUGUUUUCAACACUGAAACUACUCCCCAUGAAUUACAUAAUAAUCUCGCCACAACAAUCAGUAACAAUUCGAACACUUCUGUAUACAGUUCUGGUAUUUUUAUUCCUAAUGACCUCUGUAUUUCUAGUUACUUUUGCAUUUAUCUUCGUUUUUGUCACUUUGUAUAUUGUUGUAGUGAUCUAAAAAUAUUCCCUGGUAGUGUUGCAUUUUUCUCUUGACAGAUCAACAACAUGUGAUAAGUAAUAUCUGAAUUAUAAUAUAAUCUUAUUUGUACGAAAUAAUUGUGUUUAUCCGUUUGGUAAGUGUGAUCUAUAAUUAUUGUACGUUAGAAAAUAUAUUCAACAUACAAAGUGCCCAACUCCUGAAUCUUCAGUAACUCCUAAAAAAGUUCUUAUACCUUAUUCGUUAAUUUGGAGUAACUGACGAGUAGGUUGAAAUCAUACGAUUCGUUAUAAUCAUUUCUUACAAAUUGUACUUAUUUUGUGCAGUCGGUUUGGAUUAUUAAGCAUUUUGAGACUGCCUUGAACAUCCGUAAUUUGAAUAUGUAUAGCUUCUACAUAUAUUUGAGUAGCUUACUUUAACUACUACCCUGCCAUUGUUUGUAGAAUAGUGAUAUUUUAGCGUCAGCAAGUGUUUCUACUUACUGCUUAUCGGGGUGCAUUUAUAGAAUACAGUGCUGUUAUCGCUUAAAUGUGCCGUACACAGUCCAUGAACAAGGCAUUUCACAUUGUAGCCAGAGACAUAAACAACGCAGAACCUGAUACUAACGUCUAUCGGUCCAUAUUGUUAUAACUCACAUAACAUCAAAAGAGUGAAUAUUCAACAUCGGUGUAAAAUAAGUGGGAAAUAUUAGAUGGAAUAAAUAAAAUAAAGUGUGGGGGUAACAAUAUGUUCAAGACUCAGAGGAAAAUGAAGUGUAAAUACACCUGAUUCAUGUCCCGCAACAUUAUUGUUAUAUCUUGUGGCCGAGUGGAUGCCUAGUUAAUGUGUGACUUGAUGAAACCGCAAAUCAGAGAUCAACGAAUUAUCGAUUGAAACAGUGACACACGAAAACC